AUGUCUGUCAGGGAGAAGGGGAUCCUGACCAAAGACAGUGUCAGCCUGCUGCCCUGUUUCUAUUUCGUGGAGCUGCCAAUCCUGGUAUCAUCUGUGGUCAGUCUCUACUUCCUGGAGUGGACGGAUGUGUUCAAGCCAGUGAAGUCGGGCUUUACCUGCCAUGACCGGAGUCUGAGUCUGCCCUACAUUGACCCCAACCAUGAGGUGAUCCCCCUUCUGAUGCUGCUCAGCUUGGCCUUUGCUGGACCCGCCAUCACGAUUAUGAUUGGAGAGGCCAUCCUGUUCUGCUGUCUGUCUCGGAGGAAGAGUGGUGCAGCGACAGAGGCCAACAUCAACGCUGCUGGAUGCAACUUCAACUCUUUCAUACGCAGAGCUGUCCGAUUUGUUGGUGUCCAUGCAUUUGGUCUUUGUGCCACGGCCCUCAUCACUGACAUCCUCCAGCUGAUGACAGGCUACCCAACACCGUACUUCCUAACUGUGUGUAAACCCAAUUACACCACACUGAACAUCAGCUGUGAACAGAAUCCCUAUGUCAUGGAGGAUAUCUGCUCAGGGGCUGACCCCACAGCCAUCAACCAGGGCAGAAAGUCCUUCCCUUCGCAGCACGCUACCCUUGCAUCCUUUGCUGCUGUUUAUGUGUCGAUGUACUUCAACAGCACUUUGACAGACUCAUCCAAGCUGCUCAAGCCCCUGUUGGUCUUCUCCUUCAUCAUCUGUGCCAUCAUCUGUGGUCUGACCAGGAUUAUUCAGUAUAAGAACCACGCUAUUGACGUCUACCUGGGCUUCCUGCUUGGAGGAGCUAUUGCUGUUUACUUGGGGUUGUAUGCAGUUGGAAAUUUUCAGCCUAGUGAGGAGACCAGCAACAGCCCACCCCCACAGCUCCACCGUCCUCCCUGCUCUUUACCUCACAUAAGCCAGGAGGCGGUCCUCCACCACUUGCAAAUGAAAGCCAGCAUGGUUGGAGAGCAAGGCAUACCCACCUCCCACUCAGAAGGUCUCCUCCACCGAGGUCUUCAGCAACAGCGGCCUGAUGACAACCAUAAGCGUUCCAGUGCCGAUGUGGAAGUGAUCUCCCCCCAUAGCUCUCACAACAAAGAUGGCAUGGCAACCUUUAGCCACACCCUUCCACGAGUGCACACCCCCCAGGCCAUGGCAGCGUAUGAGGAAGCAGCCAGGCGUCAUGCAUCCACCCUCCACCAUGCCUCAAUGGACUCUAGUCGCUCAAAGCAGCUUCUAUCUCAAUGGAAAAGUAAGAACAACAACUACAAAUGCUCCUUGCAGGUGCCGGACUCCUUCUCCUCCUCUGUAGAUUCAUCAUCUGGUCAGUCACCCCUGCAUCCACACCACCACGGCAGCAUGGAACUCCGAUCCAGCUGUGAGCCAUUGGCUAUGGGGCUGAAUGGAGGCUUUGAUAGUCAUGCAUACUUGUCCAAACUGGCCAGUGGUACUAGUACCACAUUACCUAGUAACUGUAGUGGGAUUACCGGAGGGGCCAGGAUAGCCAUGCAAUCUAGACCCGGGUCUUCACAGCUGGUCCACAUACCAGAGGAAGCUCAUGAGAAUUACAACACCUCCUCCCUGAGAACACUGGGCGCUGGAGGAAAUGACGGAAUGUCAACAGCAAAUAGCACAGUUCAGGCUAACUGGCAAAGGGCAGCAGAGAAGACAACAGCCUGUAGGACUAAUGAUAAUGGACAGAAUAUGCAGCCCCGAAUCAUGCAAGUUAUUGCUAUGUCCAAGCAGCAGGGCCUACUACAGACCCAUUCCAAGAGCUUAGAUGAGAGUAGCAUGGGCUGCCCUACCACUGGAAGUUGCCAGGGCUCUAGUCGCUACAGGGUGUUAAAUGAUCAAGCACCUACUAGCACCACAGGGCCAAGCUCACUUUGUAGUACCACAGGCAGUAUUAUAGGUAGUACUGGAGCAAUUGUCAGAGUAGAGGCCCACCCUGAAAGCAACAGACCCGUGAUCCAAGCUCCAGCAACAGAUGGAAGUGGAUCAUGGAGGUGGCGGUCCCUGGACCAUGGAACUGGACCUAGUGGAUGUGCAGGGAGUAAUGCUACAGGAGGGGGAUCAGCAGGAGGAGGUGGGAGUUUGAAGCAGUCCUAUGAUCUCAAUGAUCUAAGUAGAGACUCAGAGAGCUCUGACUCGAUGUGUGAAGGGUCCAUUGACAGGAAGCGUGCCAAUCACAUUGUUACUACCACUGCCACUGUUAGCACCCCACCCAUAGUUACUGUUCACACCCAGAACACUGGCCAGUCAGAGCAGAGGGUCCACCCCCAGGGUGUGUCUACGAUCAGGGUCACUCCAGGGGAUGGUAGUGGUUCUGGAUCUGGAGGAAGUGGUGGCGGUGGAGCUGGCGGAGAGACUGCAUCAGAUACCCUCUCAGUCACCUCGAGUCGAGAGUCCACGCUCCAGAGAAAAGGCAAUAAUAUUAUCCUGAUUCCAGAAAGAUCCAACAGCCCUGAUAAUGCCCGGAAUAUUUUCUACAAGGGAACGUCAAUAACUCCUGUUUUCAAGGACUAA